AUGGAUGAAUCGUAUCUGGUCAAUUUGGAUAUAUUCCGGGGGCAUUCACAUGGCAUUGAAAUCUACAGUUGUUAUGAAUAUCAUAAAAUGAUUCUUCAAUACAUGGGACACGACUGGGAAUCAGAUGAUAUUAUUCUUGAUUUUUUAACAGCUAUACUACUCUUUAAUCCUAACCGACCGAAACUAAUCCACAAACAAAUGGUCAAAUAUCAACAACAG